ACCUCUAACCUCCCUCUUCUUAUUCCCACUCCCUCUCCUCUCUUCACCGGUCCCCUCUCCAUCUCCGUGAAACCAACGCCCAACACGCACACGAGAGAUACCGCAAUCCGCAAUGGAAGUUGCUGCGGCCAAGCAACUCCCCAUGGCGCGGGACCCCAACUCGCCGUCCUCCUCCACCUCCUCCUCCCCUCCCUCCUCCGCCGCCUCACCAUCUCGCCAGCAGCCGCAGCCGUCGCCGAAGCCCGUGCCGCGCGUCAUCGAGACCACGCCCUUCCCCACCACCUUCGUCCAGGCCGACACCGCCUCCUUCAAGCAGGUCGUCCAGAUGCUCACCGGCGCCGACAUGCCGCCACCCUCGUCCCAGAAGCCCGUCAAGAACCACCACCACGGUGGCAGCGGCCUCGCCGGCGGGCAAUCAGGCGUGCCGUGCCGGCCCAAGAAGCCGGCUUUCAAGCUGUACGAGCGCCGGAGCGGCCUCAAGAACCUCAAGAUGAUCGCGCCGCUGGCGACAGCGGCGGCCGCGGCCGCGGGGGCGUCGUCGAGGAAGACGCCGGAGGUGCUGUCGCCGAGCGUGCUCGACUUCCCGUCCCUGGGGCUCGGGAGCCCCGUCACGCCGCUGGUGAUCGACCCCUUCAACCGGUCGCCGGCGUCCGCGUCCCCGGGGGAGAAGGACGAAGCCGCCGAGCGCACGGCGAUCGCGCGGAAGGGGUUCUUCCUGCACCCCUCCCCGAGGGGCGCCGACCCGCCGCGGCUUCUGCCGCUGUUCCCCGUCACGUCCCCCAGGAUGGCCUCCGCCGGCGCCGCUGCGGCGCCGUCUUUCCAGUGAUCAGGCUUUGCGCGCCGCGCUGCCGGAGUAUUUUUAGUACCGUGAGAUACUACUAGUUGUUUAACUCGUUCUUGGUGCGUGAUGUAAUUUUUGCUCAUGUCCUGAGCGAUCGCGAAGAAAUAGAAAGAAGAAUCACACUCUUGAGCUUCUUGUUCCGGUGCUCUGUUCUAA